AUGCGUAGCGAGGAGGCUCCCACUUUUAACUCUCCCCCCCUCCCCGGCCGGGCCGUGGCCAAGCCGAAGGGGGCAGCCACCGCCACGCCGCAUCAAAAUUCCUCCGGAGACGGCUGCUCCUCUCGCCCCAGGAGUCACUGCAGACGCAGCAUCCAGACAAAGGGCCCGGCUUCUUCAGUUGCCCCCAAACAUCCCCGCGCCCCGCUCCUGUUCGCCAACCGCUGUGCAGGCGGAGCGGCACCAACAGGCACAGGCAGAGCCGGGGCAGCAGCGUCUCCCCCCGCCGCCUGCCCUCCCCGGGAGAAGCUGCAACGGCGCGGCCCUGGCCAGCGCGCCUGCCCUCCCGCCCCCGCCUCAAACCCCCGGCCUGGCGGGUCUCUUUCCCGGCCCCCCGCCCCCCUUGGCGGACCCUCCGCCCGCCACAACGAACUGGCCGCCUCCCCGCGGCUCGCAAGGCUCGCAAGGCGUUGCCAAGCCCCGCAGCCGUCGCUCGCGCGCGGGCCGCCCCCUCCAGCCCCCCCCCCCAGGGAACAGCUCCCCCCGCCCGCCCGGCGAAGACCGCGGGAGCAGCCGCUCGAGCGCCGGGGCCUCCGAGGGGGCUGCCGCGGGGCGCUCCCUUCGCAGGACCCGAGCGAGCGAGCGAGCCUGUCACGGGCAGAGCCUCUCCCCGCCGGCCCCAGCCCUGCGGCGCGCGCCCUCCAGCUUUGUCCGCCUCCCUCCGCGAAGAGCGGCUUCCCCGGCGCCCCCCUCGCCCGGCCGGCCGGCGCCCCCUUCCCCGCCGGCUGCGCCUUCGCGGCGCUCAGCAACGCUCCGCCGCCCAGCGGCCCGCCGCCAGCCCCGCGCCUCGGCCCGAAGGUCCCGUCGAGAGUUGCGCCCUCAGGGCCCCUGACAGCGCCUGGGCCGCCGCCGCGCACUCACCUACUCAUCCCUGCUCGUCCCUAG